AUGAUACUCCUUCAUGCGCCUCACCCAGUAGUCCGUGAGGAAGCUUGGGAACUAUCCGAGAAAUUGUCUGUAGGCGGAAAGGAUGUCGACCAUAAGGCUUUCGAGAUCCUGCAACAAGUACCUCUCCUCGUGACAAAUUUCAGCUAUGUCGUCUGGUGCCAUCUGACGCCACGGGUGGUUACAGGUGUGGGUGAUGCCUAUACAGUUGAAAGUCAGGAAGCGAAGGAUAUCCACGGCAAGUUGGUUGAAGUGCUUGGGGUUCCUGUCGAAUGUGACGAUGAGCCAGGUUAUGAUUUGGGCUGUUUGGUCGGCAUAGCAAGAUAG